AUGGUGGAAGUUUUGGUGGAGCCUGGUGGCCAAGAAGCGGCCGCCUUGGGUAACGAUCGCAAAUCGGACGACGUUGGCAAUCGGACGGAACGAUUGGCUCGAAGCGAUCGUUGCGAGCAUUCGAUUUUAGAACAGUCGAAUCUGAGCCCGAUUCAACAGUUCUACAAUGGGCAAAGCAUCUUCAUCACCGGUGGUACCGGAUUCGUUGGCAAACUUUUGAUCGAGAAACUUCUUCGAGAAUGUCCUGGCAUCUCGUUCGUCUACUUGUUGAUACGUCCGAAAAAGGGGAAGGACAUGCAUCAACGUAUCGAAGAAAUCUUCGACGACCCGCUGUUUGACAAACUGAAAGAGAAGCAACCAAAAUUUCGGCAUCAAAUCGUCGUGGUAGCCGGAGAUUGCAGUCAACCAGGUCUCGGCAUGUCUGCCGUGGACAGGCAAACGGUUACGCGAGAAGUCUCCAUUGUUUUUCAUGUUGCGGCAACGGUCAGAUUUGACGAGAAAAUAAAACUUGCCGUACCUAUCAACGUUCGUAGUCCGAUAGAGGUAAUGAAUCUCUGCAAGGAAAUACCCUGUUUGAAGUCGUUUGUCCAUGUGUCGACGGCAUACGCCAAUUGUCCGUUAGAUCUCAUCGAAGAGAAGGUCUACGAAGCACCGAUCGACGGGGAGAAGUUGAUAACUAUCGUCGACUAUAUGGAUGAGAAAUUAAUCGAGGAAAUUACCCCG